AUGCGGCAGCACCUACCCACGCCGUAUUUCUCCUCCUCGGUGGGACUCCACAUGCUGCUGGAUGGCUCGGCCGCGGCCGCCGGUCCCCGGGCAGAGCGCGGCGGGCGGGCGGGCGCCGCUCAUCGAGCGGGGGCGGCUUCUCCUCCCCCCGCGCUCAGCGGGGGCGCCGCGCCGGCAGCCCCCGCCUCACGCUCCGGCCGGGUCUGCGCUCAGGGGUCGCUUCGCCGCUGCCGGGGGGCGGGGGGAGGAAGCCCCCCGCCCGCCCGCCCGGGCAGCACCGGCCGCCGCGCUGCGCCGCUCCCCUGCGCGGCCGCUCGCCGCCGGCCCGGCUCCUUUCCUCGCGCGGCCCCCGCGGGCUCCGGCCCUGCCGACGCGGCGGCCCCACGGAGCUCGGCGGCCCCGGGCCCGCUCCUCGCCGUUCUCCUCCUCCUCCUCCCGAGCCGCCGCUCCCGCCGCCGCCGCCUGAAGGACUCGGGGCUCUCGCGCCCCCCCCGCGCUCCCGGCGGACCUGGCGCGCACGCGCGGCUCGCGCCGCCCCCCCCUCGCUCCCCGCGUGGCCGCACGAGGCGCGCGCGGGCGCGAGGCGGCGCGUGGCCUGUGAGGCGGGAAGGGGAGCGCGCGCCGCAGCCGGGCUCCCUCAGCCGCAGCCGGGCUCCCUCAGCCUCAGCCGGGCUCCCUCAGCCUCAGCCGGGCUCCCUCAGCCGCAGCCGGGCUCCCUCAGCUGCAGCCGAGCUCUCCCUCAGCCGAGCUCUCCCUCAGCCUCAGCCGAGCUCUCCCUCAGCCUCAGCCGAGCUCUCCCUCAGCCGCAGCCGGGCUCCCUCAGCCUCAGCCGGGCUCCCUCAGCCUCAGCCGGGCUCCCUCAGCCGCAGCCGGGCUCCCUCAGCUGCAGCCGAGCUCUCCCUCAGCCGAGCUCUCCCUCAGCCUCAGCCGAGCUCUCCCUCAGCCUCAGCCGAGCUCUCCCUCAGCCUCAGCCGGGCUCCCUCAGCCUCAACCGAGCUCUCCCUCAGCCGAGCUCUCCCUCAGCCGAGCUCUCCCUCAGCCUCAGCCGAGCUCUCCCUCAGCCUCAGCCGAGCUCUCCCUCAGCCGCAGCCGGGCUCCCUCAGCCUCGGUCGGGCUCCCUCAGCCUCAGCCGAGCUCUCCCUCAGCCGCAGCCGGGCUCCCUCAGCUGCAGCCGAGCUCUCCCUCAGCCGAGCUCUCCCUCAGCCUCAGCCGGGCUCCCUCAGCCUCAGCCGGGCUCCCUCAGCCGCAGCCGAGCUCCCCCAGCCGAGGGAGGAGCCUCCCGUUCCCGCACCUCGGCACUUGCCAGGGCGCUCCAGCCCUGCCAGCCCCGGGCACACGGAGCAGGCUCGGCUCCGGCCGGUCCCUCUGCAGGGAACACUUCGUGGUCUGGAAAUAAAACCAGCACGAACAUAA